AUGGAAGCAAGAUUCAUCAAAAUCUCGGGAGAAAUUGUCGAUCUAGGCAAAAAGAUUGAUCAAAAAGAGAUAUCGCUCAAAAUCCUACGUGGACUACCUUCUAGUUGGGAUAUGAAGGUCACGGCUAUGAGAGAUCAUAGAGAUCUAAAAACGUUGUCUACCGACAAACUUUUUAGUGAUCUAAAAGCCUAUGAGUUCGAAAUGAAAGCUAGGAUGGAAGAAGAACGCGAAGAAAGAAAUAACGCACUUGUCGUCGAACAACCAUCCACAUCAAGGAAAUUUAAAAAGUUUAUGAAGAAAGGCACUUCCAAGAAAUUUCCUCAAGCAAUGAGCAAAAAUCAAUUUGAUAAUGCUCAGGAAGAGAUCAAGUCAAAAGAAAGGAAAUUCAAAAAGGACAAAAGGAAAGCACUAAUCAGUGACCCACUUGAAAGUAGUGAGUCUGAUGAGUCAUCAAGUGAUGAGAGUGACACCUCAAAAGAUGACAAUGCCUUAUUCUGCAUGGAACUUUCAAGUGAAUCAUCCAACCAAGACUUUUGCUUGAUGGCACACGAAACAGAGGAAAAUGAAGUAACAUCUAAUUCAUUUGAUUCUACAAGUACUUCAUUUUCUAGUGAGUCUAUCUCUCACUUAAUGAGAGAUUGUCAAACCUUUAUGGACACUUAUUCUCAAAUCGAAGAGCGCAAUAAUUCUUUGACUCUUGAAAAAGAGGAAAUAAAUGAAAAAUUGCAAAAUGCUCUACUUGAAGUGAGAAACUUGAACGCCGAAAUUAUUCGACUUCAAGAAGAGUGUAAAUCAAGAGAAGUUUGA